UGCACCAAAUAAGGACGCCAACCGCCAUUACACACAACAGAAGAAGAUCAUGUAGCACUUAUUGCUAGCAGUUAGCUGCGCAGAUUUAAACUUUUCUACAAGUAACAAAUUAAAAUCAACCCACAGUCGUUCUAGAAAAGAAGUGUCCGAAACUUCACGGUGAGCAUGGCGGACCGGGAGGAGCGCCGCUUCGCAGAAGUCUCCCGGGACUCCGUCAAACUCAUGGCCGAGAGUGCAGGCUUGGAGCUCGGGGACGAUGUGGCCGCUCUGCUGGCUGAGGACGUGUGUUACCGGCUCAGGGAGGCAGCUCAGAGCAGCUCUCAGUUUAUGAGACAUGCCAAGAGGAGGAAGCUGACAGUGGAGGACUUCAACAGAGCUCUGCGCUGGAGCAACGUGGAGGCUGUUUGUGGCUACGGGGCUCAGGAUGCUCUCCCUUUCCGUUCGGUGAAAGAAGGAGAGCUUUUCUUCGUCGAGGAUCGGGACAUCAACCUGGUGGAGCUCGCUCUGGCUACAAACAUCCCUAAAGGCUGUGCUGAGACCAUGGUGCGAGUGAACGUGUCGUACUUGGAUGGAAAAGGAAACCUGGAGCCUCAGGGGACAGUCCCGUCCGCGGUGCAGACCCUCUCAGACGACCUGCUGAAGUAUUACCAGCAGAUCACUCGGGCCAUCCUUGGAGACGACGCUCACCUCAUGAAGGUGGCUCUGCUGGAUCUCCAAUCCAACUCAAAGAUCGCCGCUCUCCUUCCUUACUUUGUUUAUGUCAUCAGCGGGGUGAAGUCGGUAAGUCACGACCUGGAGCAGCUCAACAGACUCCUCCACAUGGUGAAGAGUCUGGUCCAGAACCCAUACCUGUACCUGGGCUCGUACGUGCGCAGCCUGGUGUCCAGCGUGAUGUACUGCAUCCUGGAGCCGCUGGCCGCCUCCAUCAACCCGCUCAACGACCACUGGACCCUCCGGGACUACGCCGCCCUGCUGCUCAGCCACAUCUUCUGGACUCAUGGUGACCUGGUGAGCGGUCUCUACCAUCAGAUCUUGCUGUCGCUCCAGAAGGUUCUGUCUGACCCUGUGAGACCGCUCUGCUCUCACUAUGGAGCAGUGGUCGGGCUGCACGCUCUGGGAUGGAAGGCUGUGGAGAGAGUCCUCUUCCCUCACCUCCCUGCGUACUGGGCAAACCUUCAGGCUGUGCUGGACGACUACUCUGUUUCUAACGGUCAGGUCAAAGCAGACGGACACAAAGUCUACGGAGCCAUCCUGGUGGCGGUGGAGCGUCUGCUGAAGAUGAAGGCUCUGUCUCUGUCUCAGCCUGCAGAGGGGGGUGCGGGGGGUCAGUCGGGCUCUGUGGUGGGGGGUCUGGGUUACAGGGUGAGCUCCCCGGGCCUCAGCCCCCCUCCAGAGCCCCUCUCAGAGGCCGCCCUGGGCAUCGCCAGCCACCUGCAGGCAGGCGGGGCCGGCUGUCCCUGGGAAGAGUGGACCCCCGUGCCCCUCCCCGACAUGUACACCGAGCUCUACUCCUUCUUCGGAGACAGCCUGGCAGUCCGCUUCAGUACAGGACCCGGGUUUGGCAGCUACCCUCCUUUCACCCCCGCCCAGCUCGGUGAGGCCAGGAAGGAUCCACCCGGCCCAGCUUCCAACCCGGAAACCACCAGAAAGAUGCCGCAGCUCACCGCCAACCUCAACAUCAGCCCGAGGCAGGAUGGGAGUCCUCGCACGGAUCCGCCGCCGCCCAGCCUCGCCGCCACCGGAUCAGGAAGGUCCCUGGCUCGCUCCUCCUCCUCCUCUUCCUCCUCCUCUGUUCAGCGCUCCAAGUCCUCGUCCUCUCGCUCCGGCCAGCGUUCAGCCAGUCUCUCUCGGGACGUUUUCCCCAAAUCUCGCUUCACCUCCCCUCAGACAGGACCUCCGGCCUUCACCUUCCUCAUCGGCGGGCGUCAGAUGGGUCGCCGCUGUCAGGGUCGAAGGCCUUUCCAAACAACUUUUGCCCCGACCCCUCCCCUCUCUGCUGUCCCACCCCGAGCCUACGCCCACAAGCUGCCCGUGAUCGGGAGGGUGGGCAAACCUGUACGCCGCUGGGCAUGCUCACAUUACUCCCUUUACCUGCCUCUGUAGAGACAAGAAGGAGGUGUGACUGUUGUAUACCUGCUUUAUUACACCUGUAAAUAGUUAUUUUUAUAUUUACAGAGCUGAUAAACGUGAUGUAUCUGAAAUGCAUUCAGGCGGCUACGUUGACACUCAACAGACAAACAACUGCAACUGCUACAAAUACUGGAGCCCCACGGAGUGAAACCAGGAAAUGCAAGCGCCUCGUUACUCGUUAUUCCAAGAUAAAUAUCUCUCCCAAAAAACUGAGCAGAUUUCUAUUUGUUUUCAUGUCCUUGCAAUACUCUUCCUCCCACCACAGCCUUAUGCACUCCUCCCCUGAAAUGUAAAUACAUGUGAUUGGUUAGCUUGUUAGCUUAGCUCACACCAAAACAGUGGACCCUGUACGUGAUGCUAGUGUGUAGCUAGCUGCUACAGCCCGUUAGCUUCCACAUGAAGCGCAAACUUGAGUGAAGGUUGUUAGUCUCACACUUUACAGGUGUGUGCUUAUUUUCUGUGAUGGCGUCACGUGUUGUUGUGUGUUACUGUUAUGCUCCAGGUUUAUGUCGUGUUACCGUCAUAAGUCUGAGUGAUCUGAACUCACCUGAACUGUUUUCAUUUCAAGGCUUUACGGUUGAUGAGAAAGUACACAGACAAUGGAGACACAGCAGGCCUUAUUCUGACUUUUAAAAAAAAAUCAGAACAUGACGUUGCGGCGUCAUGGUCUUCUUUGGAAUAUGAUCCAUUGUUCAAAGUGUAUGAUCUCAAACUGGCUAUUUGAAGUCAGAGUAGAAACUAAAUAAAAGCUCAAACAGCAGCCAGCUAGUGUUGGGGUAACCCAGACAUAUAACGUAACAUAUAGGGAUUAUUCCUAACCACUAAUGCAGCUGUAAAGUUGGAUAUUUUAACAUGGGACUCUAUGAGGACUGACUCACUGCAGGAGACAGACUCUAGUGGACACUGGAGGUACUGCAUUUUGGCACUUCUGAAGGGAGACUGAAAUAUGGGAGUAAAGAACGCAGUAAUGUAUCGUUUUGACAGUUUUUGAGGCCUGCUUUGUAUUUGUCAGAAAAAUGUCGACAUCUUGUCCAUUUCUUUUUGUUUAUGCCGAAUAAAAGAUGUAUUGUUGUAAUUCUAAA